CCUAACGCCGCCAACUCCUGCGAGCAGAGUCGGCGCCGGAGAGAGAAACAGAGAGAGGUGACUUCGGCUCCCAGCGGUCUCACCUUCGAGGAUGGCGUACGGUAUGAAGCCCACGAAGCCGGGGCUGGAAGAGCCUCAGGAGCAGCUGCACCGCAUCCGGAUCACCCUCUCGUCCAAGAACGUCAAGAACCUCGAGAAGGUGUGCGCGGAUCUGGUGAGGGGUGCCAAGGACAAGAAGCUCACGGUUAAGGGUCCGGUGAGGAUGCCCACCAAGGUGCUCCAUAUCACCACCAGGAAGUCGCCCUGCGGUGAAGGAACCAACACCUGGGAUCGGUUUGAGCUCCGUGUCCACAAACGGGUAAUUGAUCUUGUCAGCUCCUCCGAGGUCGUCAAGCAGAUUACUUCGAUCACCAUUGAACCGGGUGUGGAAGUUGAAGUCACAAUUGCAGAACCAUGAACUUUGUGGAGAUUGAAGUGGUAAUGUCAGAUCGAUGAACUAAGGUCGAGUGCUUUAUUUUCUCUUAUCGAUGAUUGAUUUAGGACACUAUGAUGAACUUUGAUUUAGUUUUUGGCCACCAGUCAUUUUUUUGGGCAAUUGAACUUGCUGUUGCUCAGGGAAAAAAUGUUCCAGUGAUCUUUAUUUUGAUAUUAUGGAUUGGUUCUGAUCCUCA